AUGGCUUCUAAGCUUUACCACCGUCAACUCCAAUAUCCAAACCUACUCGAUUUUAUCCCGUAUAUUGAAAAUAUUGGGGAUGAUAAAGACAGGUUUGCCGCCGAGGUGGCUAUCAUACGUGACGCCUAUCAAUGCGCUAAGGCGAAUGAAGAAAGUUUUGAUAAACUGCUGCAGUACGUGGCCGAGGACGUUCGGGCACACAAAGCAGCAGGUUAUUCGUAUGACGCCUUCCAAGACCUAUUCCGGGAUGAGAUCACAUUCCAAAAGGCCUAUCGCAGCGAUAAGGAAAGGAAGGCCAAGUCUCUGCAUGCCAUUAAUCACAGUUGGAGGCAUGAAUUAGAUGCCUUGUCUUGGGUAAGAUGCUUACCUGAUCGGCUUAGAGGCUCGCGCUCGUUUUUGGAUGCGCUGAAGUCUUUUGCUAAGUGUGUAUGGAGCUGGGACGAGGCCAAAGGCAGGAUGAACUACCAGAUACGUAGACGUCUUAUGCAAAGAGGUCGUGGGAUACGCCUAGACAAGGAGAUAACCACAUCAGAUCUUAGGGCCGCCAGGAACGGCGUCUUAGGUAUAGCGACAGGCAGGGGGAAGGGGUCCCUUAUCCUCCCUUAUGAGGAUAUUGACCCUGGGUGGCUAGUCGCGAAUGGAUUAGAGGUGAAUUGCUUUGGUAUUAUUGAUACCCAGCUACACGAUGACAACACUCGCACGUCUGGGGCUUUCGAGGCUGAAGUGACUGCGUUUGAGGGGCAAUCGCACGCCGAGACUACGUCUAAGCUGCUACCAAAGGCUCCAACACCAAUCGGCGAAGGGGGAAACACGAUAAUAACUAGCAACCCAGACGAAGCCACAGCUAAAAUAUAUCAAAGACCCCUAACGGCAGAGAACUUGGGGGUAAACGAUGUGUCAUCGAGUGAGGAGUCGAGUAUUUUUGUGAACAGCGUAGAUAACAACGCUAGCAAUACCGCUCCGCUUAAACCACCCAAGCCUUUGCCUAAUAGCGCCUCAACUCAGGAACGAGCCUCGUCAUCCUUGCGGUUGCAGCCAGAUGACACCUGA